AUGAAGCUUGCUGAAAACUACAGGAAAGCGGAGUUCUGCGACCGUGUUUUCAAGCUGGAGUUUGUAAGGGAACCGGCGGGGGUUUCGAGCCCUGUAGCUUCUAGCACGGUGUUCGAAAGUAUGCUCCGCCUUCUGGGAGCCGCCUCCACAACUGAAGGGCAGCCACGAUCUGUUCCGUCUUCCUUGGAAGCCGGAACGGAACCCUCCGCGCCCUUUCCCAGAACGAGGGUAGACGUCGAGUGUGACGAGAUUCCGGUAAACGCGAUUGUGGUAGCCGCGAAGAGCCGUGUGCUGAAGGCUAUGCUGUUCAAUGGCAUGAAGGAGUCGGACAAGACCAAGGCCGUGAUAUUAAGAGUCACCGCUGCAGAAGAAGUCGCCUUCAAGGAGAUGCUCCGCUUCAUCUACACGGGCGGAUUGUCGGCGCGGCUGCAAACCGCGGGCGCGCAAAUGCGCGAGCUCGUGUCUCUUCUCCUCGUGGCCGACAAGUUUGAGGUUCCGUCCUUUACGGGCGCCGUUCUGAAGUGCAUAACGGAACGCGAGUGGAAAAUGUCCGACGCUGCAACGCUCGCGGACUCGCUCCCUGAGGUCCUCACUGAGCAGUUCCCAGAUGUCAAAGCACUGGUGGAUAAAGCACGCACUUACGUCAUUGACACGUUCAAAGACGUCAAUGCGACGUGGACUUCAGCGGAGUUCCUUGACCUGAGCUGGGGGCAGAUUAAGCUUCUGCUACGAUCUGACGAGCUCGAAGUGGAUCAUGAGGAGGUGAUUCUGGAGAAGCUUCUCGUGUGGAUCGGCACACACUUUUCGGACUUGAACGAGAGGAAGCGGGCCGUUGCGAGGCUUGCGCCGCACUUGAGACCGCAUUCUUUUGGGGAGGCGUUUGUGAACAGUGCGCUUUUCCGCCUGCCCGAAUUGGACCUUGUCCGGAACGACUUUCGGAAGAGCAUCGACAUGCUGGAGUUGGCAGGGGUCGCUUCGCAGUUUUUCCCUUCCCGGCGAAGCAGCAGGGUUGAGAUAGUCGACUCCGUCCGGCUGGAUAGUGACGGAAGGACAGCAAAGUCGAAGUCGGUACGCUGGCUAGGACAGCGUUGGCAUUUUGCAGUUCAAAAAGUUUUCCGGAAGUCUCCGCCAACCGUGGGCGUCUUCUUAUACGUCGGUGCAACGGCAACCGAGCUUGAGCCAGGCAUUGAAAUCAGGAUCGACUUCCUCGUCAAAACAUGGCCUGAAAAGACGUGGAAGCAGAUUCACUCCGGGACAAAUGUUAGCGCCAGCAAAAUGUUUGCACAGGACCAUAGCCAUGGCUUUUUAGAUGCGCUCGGGCUGCCUUGGGACCAGGCAAUGCAAGCCAAGGAGUAUCUGGAUCCCUCAGGGCGCGUCUGUUUCAAAGUGGAAGCGCAGCGAGUAAGAAAGGCGCCAUAG